CGAGAGUGCAGGAAGUGUUGCUAAAAGUCAGCUGAUCAAAUGAAAAAUACUCCGAGAAAAUGUUCUUUGUAACUAGUUAAUUAUUUUCAUCUGCAAAUAAGUAAACAGGUCACGCAACAUUUCUGGACAACCUUCUCUUAAAGAAAGGUCGAAAAUAUGUUGGACCAAGUCCUCGCCAGAGUUCUUCUUCAGCUGUUUCCACUUAUUUGUUUUCUGUUAACAUUAUCGACACAGACAAUCGACGCCAAGAAUUCUGAAGACAUAAGAUGUAAAUGCAUUUGUCCACCUUACAAAGACGUGGAAGGCCAGAUCUAUAACCAGAACGUUUCUCUGAAGGAUUGUAAUUGCCUACAUGUGGUGGAGCCCAUGCCAGUGGAGGGGAAGGAUGUGGAAGCAUACUGUCUGCGUUGUGAGUGCAAAUAUGAGGAAAGAAGUUCCGGCACCAUAAAAGUGACAAUCAUCAUCUACCUGUCCAUCUUGGGCCUGCUGCUGCUGUACAUGGUGUACCUGACUCUGGUGGAGCCCGCGCUGAAGAGACGGCUCUUCGGACACUCUCAGCUCAUCCAGAGUGAUGAUGAUGUCGGGGACCAGCAGCCAUUCGCCAAUGCCCACACAGUACUGUCCCGCUCGAGGUCGCGGUCCAACAUGCUGAACAAGGUGGAGCACGCACAACAGCGCUGGAAGCGGCAGGUGCAGGAGCAGCGCAAGUCUGUGUUUGACCGGCAUGUGGUGCUCAGCUAAACCCCGCCCCAUCGACACCGGGCAGUGGGACAGAACUGGACAAGAGAUCACUGUGACCAGGACUUCCUUUUCCCUGUCACCCUAGCAGUACCCAACUGCAUCACCCUUCAUAGUUAAGACUCACAUCUGGACCUUUAAUGUUUAUGUGUAGGACAUACAUGUACAAAGAAUAGUGUGUAGGGUCUUUCAGUUUGUCUCAAGGCAGAUUUUCCACAGGAGGUUUUUGGCCUGAAGUCCGUGUUUUUGUUUGCGGUGUCGGGCCAUAAUUCAGUUUUAGCCCUGUACAGGCUCGAAGAAGUGGUAAUUGUACUCUUUAAUUCCUGUUUACGUGCUAUUCCAGUCUUUUUGGUGGAAUUUAGAGUCCAUAACACCUAUCUCACAUGUAUUUGAAAUGAAAUUAAAAUGAAACUGCCAACAUGAAUCUGAAACUCCCUUACUCAUUAUUCUGCUCAAGUGGAAUGUAUUACGAUUUUGGAGUGGAUUUGUUUUUUCAACCCAAAACUAAUGGCUUAGGUCAUUUCAGAAUGCACUAAACACUCCUCUUGCAUUGUCUGAGAGAUGAUUGAACAUCCUUGAUGAAGUGUAUCAUAUGUGUUCUUCAGCAAGCUUGCAUGUACUGCCUUUUUAUGAAGUAAUGUAUACACCUCAGAUCAAGAUGAAAUGUACAGUAUUUAAAGAACGUUUGUCAAUUUGCCAAUGUGAUGUCUGAAGGUGUCUUGAAUUUCUAUGUCUUUCACACCAUAUGACUGGCUUUUAAAGAAUAAAAAACAUUUUUUCCUGGUUUCCCACCUUUGCAGGUACAGUGAUCGAUAAUACAUUGAAUAUACGCAAAACAGACAUUGAUAAUUCAAGUAAUAUUCUGCCUUAUAUCUGAGCAUGUCUUUGACUAUGAAGGAGUGAAGAUUGGAUUCAGAACCAUGAUCUCUAUGGCUGACAAAAAUAAUCACCUUUCCAUCUUUUUUCUAUAAAUCUUAGAUCAUUUAUA